ACUCUGGUUUUAGUCUGAGUCAUUUAGUCUAGUCUUUCUCCUCAGACCAGUAGUAGAGUAGUCCAGUCAACUCCCCUCCUAAGACGCCCAAACAUUUUCUCCUCCUGCUUUGCCACAAAUUUCCACAAGCAUCUCCUCUCCCUUCUCCUCUCAAAAACCUUAAGUUCCCCAUCUUCAUUCUUUUGUCUCCUACUACACCAACCUGAAAAACAUAACAUAAGCGUAUCUUUCAUAUUUUUAGUAGAAGAAAAUAGAGAAGCAGAGUUUCAGAGACAGAUUUAUCUUAAUUUAUGUUUACCUGGCUUAGCUCACAGCUCAGAAUGGCAAGGUAUGGCCACAACCACCACACCUCUCUUUUCUUCUAUUUCUUUUUGUUUUGUUAUCCUCUUAUUCCUAUGGCCUUGUCUGAACUAUCCUCAACCGAAAGAGCUACCAUGAUCAAUAUCUCCAAGAGUCUAAAUGUUUCAUGGAACAUAAACAGUGAACCAAACCCAUGUCUCUGGAAAGGAGUUAAGUGUAAUCCACCCACCAACUCAUCUGUAACCCAAAUUUCCCUGUCCAAGUUUUCUCUAUCUUCCUCAGAUUUCCUCCCAAUUGUUUGCCAACUUGAGUCUUUGCAGAUUCUUGAUGUGUCGGUAAACCAUCUGACCACAAUCCCAUCUGAGUUUCUCACAGCCUGUGGAAAGAUAGAUGGGCUAAAGCGACUCAAUUUCAGCUUUAACAAUCUGGUCUUUUCUUUACCUGACUUUGUUGGUUUUGCUGGGUUGGAGUCGUUGGACCUUUCUCAUAAUCACCUGAGGGGAGGCAUUGGCUCAGAGUUGGAUGGAUUGGUUGGGCUCAGAAGCUUGAACCUCAGCUUCAACAAUUUUACUGGGACUAUCCCUACCCUACUUGGGGAAUCCAUGCUCUUGGAGGAGCUUCAGCUUUCUGUGAAUGCAUUUCAAGGGAAAAUUCCAGUUGAAAUUGCAGGGUAUCGCAAUUUGACUCUGAUUGAUUUGAGCACAAAUCAUCUUUCUGGUUCAGUUCCUGCGAGUUUUGGAGAGCUAUCCAAGUUGGAGGUUCUGAUUCUAUCUUCCAAUAGCUUGACUGGUGUAAUCCCAGAAAGCCUUUCCAAUAUCACAAGCCUCACGCGGUUUGCAGCAAAUUUAAACAACUUCACUGGUGCAGUUCCUGGUGGAAUUACGAAACAUCUCAAGAAUUUGGACUUGAGUUAUAAUAACUUACGUGGAUCGAUUCCAUCGGACCUUCUGUCUCCAUCGGAUUUGACGACUGUGGAUUUGUCUAAUAACUUGUUGCAGGGAUCAAUACCCACAAACCUGUCUCAGGGACUGGUUCGGUUGAGAUUGGGAAGCAAUUCACUUGUUGGGAUGAUACCCUCUGCAACACUCCCACUCCAGAACUUGGUGUACUUGGAAAUGGAAAACAAUAAGCUGAAUGGUUCCAUACCUCCUGAAUUGGGUUCUUGCAGCAAAUUGGCGCUGUUGAAUUUGGCUGAGAAUAGACUGUCUGGAGCUUUGCCGGUGGAGUUGGGAAACCUCACUAGUCUUCAAGUCUUGAAGCUUCAAUCUAACAAUCUUGCUGGAGGAAUCCCAACUGCGAUUACUAAACUAACGAAGUUGUCUGUUCUGAAUAUCAGCAUGAAUGCUCUGACUGGUUCAAUACCAACAACCAUUUCAAACUUGCAGAACCUUAUCAACAUGAACUUACAAGGCAACUAUCUCAACGGUUCCAUCCCCAACACUAUUGGCUCCAUGAGUUCUCUGUUGGAGCUCCAACUUGGUCACAAUUCCUUGAGUGGUAACAUUCCAAUGAUGCCAAUAUCUUUGCAGAUUGUUUUGAAUCUCAGCAGCAACCAUUUUGAAGGAGAAAUUCCUAAUCAUCUUUCCAGACUCGGUGGAUUAGAAAUUUUGGAUCUAUCUAACAACAAGUUCUCAGGUCAGAUACCCUCAUUUUUAUCUGAUCAAAUGGGAGCAUUGACACAGUUGAUACUAUCUAACAAUCAGCUCUCUGGAGUUAUUCCAAACUUCAAUUCUUGGGUCGUGGUCAACACAACUGGAAAUAUGGGUUUGUUUAAUGCUACCCCACCCUCAUCGGUAAAGAAGGGAAAUUCAAAGGCUUUGAUAAUUGCACUUGCAGCUGUAGCCGGUGCUGUUGCUACUGGAGCCAUCACCAUCCUUGCUGUAUCACUAUCACGGCACAGUUACAGGGUUAAUGAUGAACAAGUGGAGUCUGGGGAAGAUGUUCCUCUUCCUGAGGUCCUCCAAGGUAGUCUCUUAACCGCCAACGCAAUUCACAGAUCAAGUAUCGAUUUCAGUACAGCCAUGGAGGCAGUUUCUGACCCCGCAAACAUUGAGCUCAAGACUAGGUUUUCAACUUACUACAAGGCCACAAUGCCGUCUGGAUCAAGCUACUUUGUCAAGAAACUCAACUGGAGUGACAAGAUAUUCCAAUUGGGAAGCCAUGACAGAUUCGAGAACGAUUUACAGAUCUUUGGAAAACUGAGCAAUUCCAAUGUCAUGACUCCUUUGGCCUAUUUUACAACUGUUGACAGUGCUUAUCUGUUCUAUGAGUUUGCUCCAAAAGGCACCCUCUUUGAUGCCCUUCAUUGUAGCUCAGACAAUGCCAUGGAUUGGGCAAGUAGAUACAGUUCUGCGGUUGGAGUAGCUCAGGGUCUUGCUUUUCUUCAUGGAUGCACUUCAGGUCCAAUACUCCUCCUAGACCUGUCAAGCCGAAGCAUUUUGCUCAAGUCCCUCAAAGAGCCUCUUAUUGGAGACGCCGAGCUCUGCAAAGUGAUUGAUCCCUCAAAGAGCACUGGAAGCCUUUCUACUGUUGCUGGUUCUGUUGGUUAUAUUCCUCCAGAGUAUGCAUACACUAUGAGGGUUACAGUGGCCGGGAACAUCUAUAGCUUCGGGGUCAUUCUCCUUGAAUUGCUGACAGGAAGGCCAGCAGUUAGUGAAGGGAUUGAGUUGGCCAAUUGGGUACUAACUAACUCAGGGCAGCAAGAUAAAAUUCUUGAUUUGACGAUCAGCAGGACAUCAAGUGCUGUCAGAAGCCAGAUGCUAGCUGUACUGAAAGUUGCUCUUGGUUGUGUUAGUGUAUCACCAGAAGCAAGGCCAAGAAUGAAGACCGUUCUUAGGAUGCUUCUGAACGCAAGAUGAAGUAGAAAGGCACUACAUGAAGUAUGGUAUAUUGAGUAGCAGUUUUAGCAUACAAAUAAAAUUGAGAGCUUUUGUGAGUUCCGACUAGUAAGAGAGUGUGAGUGAUUCCUCUAAAAGAUGAGGCAAGUAUAGGAAGUGAAGUGUAUGUAAUAAUCUACUAUAUACUAAUAAAGUUCUUCGAAGGAACAACAACAAAUACUGCAAUAGAGGUAUUAAAUAUGAGAAUGGGUUUCACUGGAAAGUUUUUCAGUGCAAAUGUUAAA